AGCUGUCAAGUGGAACUCCCUACAAAAAAGUGUGCUGCAAAAACGCUGUUCCGAAUAAGCCGUGUGUGAUUUUCGUGAGAACAACGGUACACAAUUUCCAUCGCAUUCGGAAUAAAAAGCCUUAUUUACUCACUGCCAAACAAUGUCCACGGUAGCAAGCGCUCUUUCCCUGGCCGGUAACCGAUCGUCCGGAGCUCCUGUCCGCACACAAAAUGUGAUGGCCGCAAGCUCUAUUGCAAACAUAGUGAAGUCCUCCCUUGGUCCUGUCGGACUGGACAAGAUGCUGGUGGACGAUAUUGGCGAUGUGACGGUCACCAACGAUGGAGCAACGAUCUUGAAACUACUCGAGGUGGAACACCCGGCUGCCAAGGUACUGUGCGAACUGGCCCAGCUGCAGGACGAAGAGGUCGGCGAUGGUACCACUUCGGUCGUAAUUAUUGCGGCAGAACUGCUCAAAAAUGCCGACGAGCUGGUAAAGCAAAAGAUUCACCCAACGUCCAUCAUUGCCGGCUACCGGCUGGCGUGUAAGGAGGCUUGCAAAUACAUUUCCGAGCAUUUGACCGCACCGGUGGACGAACUCGGACGGGAAACGUUGAUCAAUGUGGCGAAAACAUCGAUGAGCUCUAAGAUUAUCGGUGCCGAUGCGGACUAUUUCGCCACGAUGGUGGUCGAUGCGGCACAGGCAGUGAAAAUUGUCGACCCCAAGGGCAACCCGGCCUACCCGAUCAAGGCAGUCAAUGUGCUGAAAGCGCACGGUAAAUCGGCACGCGAAAGUAUCCUGGUACAGGGUUACGCCCUCAACUGUACGAUCGCUUCGCAACAGAUGCCGAAAAAGAUUGUCAAUGCGAAGAUUGCAUGUUUGGACUUUUCGCUGCAAAAAACCAAAAUGAAGCUGGGCGUACAGGUGCUGAUUACGGAUCCGGAAAAGCUGGAAGGCAUCCGUGCCCGUGAGCUGGACAUUACGAAGGAGAAGAUCGAGAAGAUUUUGGCGACGGGCGUUAACGUGGUCCUGUGCAGUGGUGGCAUCGAUGAUCUUUGCCUUAAGUAUUUCGUCGAGGCUGGCGCAAUGGCUGUCCGGCGUGUGAAGAAGGCUGAUCUGAAGCGUAUCGCAAAGGCAACCGGUGCUGCUUACCUUACGUCGCUCACCAACAUGGAGGGAGAGGAAAGCUUCGAAGCGAGCUACGUCGGUGAGGCGGCGGAAGUUGUGCAAGAGUUUGUCUGCGACGAUGAGUUGAUUCUGAUCCGUGGCCCGAAAGCACGUACCGCCGCAUCGAUCAUUCUGCGCGGUCCCAACGAUUUCUACUGCGAUGAGAUGGAACGUUCGAUUCACGAUGCUCUGUGCGUGGCGAAACGGGUGCUGGAGGGCAAAAAGGUGGUGGCUGGGGGUGGUUGUGUUGAGGCAGCUCUUUCGAUCUAUCUGGAAAACUUUGCUACCUCGCUAAGUUCCCGCGAACAGCUCGCUAUCGCCGAAUUCGCGAAAUCGCUACUGGUCAUUCCGAAAACGUUGGCAGUCAAUGCGGCCAAAGAUGCGACGGAUUUGGUGGCGAAGCUGCGUGCCUAUCACAACUCCAGCCAGACGGUUGUGGAUCACGCCCAGCUGAAGUGGUACGGACUCGAUCUGAUCGAGGGUGUGGUUAAGGACAACAAGAAGGCUGGUGUGCUUGAACCGGCCAUGUCGAAAAUCAAAUCCCUAAAGUUCGCAACGGAAGCAGCAAUCACGAUUCUACGAAUCGAUGACAUGAUCACGCUGAACCCGGAAGAAAAGGGAGGCAAGAAUUACGGUGAUGCUUGUGCGGCUGGUGAGCUGGACGGUUAGAUCGAUC